AAGGCAGUGUCAUGAUGUUAGUUUAUUCUCAGUCUUAGGUUUAUUUAUAUUUGAAAUAGUCUGCCUAUUUUGUCCACAUAAAAUAUUUUGAGCCUAUGCUGAGGUGAUACUGAACAAUGACACCCAAACUGACUGUACAAAUAAAAUGUUCAUUUAUAACAUUGAUUAGUAAACAUUAACAUUGUUGACACUAAACUGUUUGAAAAGAGCAUUUAUGUGAGCACAAAAAACAUGCUACUAAAGUCACUUGGCUUUGGUGGUCAAGGAAGUUUUGCUGGAGACUGAUCUAGUAUAAUGAAUAAAAUCAGCAUUCAAGUUUUUUUUUUCUUUUGUUUUUAAAUCGGAAAUAAAGAGGAAUGUGAAGGGAAGAAUAGAGGCAAAAGCCUAGCUGGAGUGUCGGGUGAAACUAGCAAAAUAGAGAUUGGCUCUAUUGCUUGACUAAGAAAUAAAGCUAACGAUACUCUUGUCUUUGGGACAGUAGUGUUGUGAGAAAAAUGUUUUAUAAAGAUUAUGUUGACAACAUGGAAAAAGGCUGGAAUGGAGAAUAUUACUUAGAUAAAGCUCAUUUCCUAACAUUUCAUUAAUAUGUAUAAGGAAAGCAUAUGUGUAUGUGUAUGUAUGUGUGUGUGUGAAAUUGUUGAUUGAACCAGUGAGAGAUAGGUGAUCAGUAGAUACGAUCCACAGUAUUUCAACUAGCAGACAUAGGUGUUUCAAGACCUUAUAUUGCCCAUUAGGCAUAAAAAUAGGGACUUGAUGAAUUGACAAAAUGGUGGAUCCAUAUGCAUAAUGUGUGCGUUUCUUAAAUGAAAAAAGGCUGGUCUGUGGUUGCUGACCUUGGUCCUGAAUGGUGGUUAAGUACUACUUGUAGAAUUUUCUUGGACUGGCUUUAUGCAGCACUUGGCAUUCUGUCUAGAAACUGUAACACACCCUUGCUAGCAUCUAUUAGCAUGUUAAGAGCCAAACAACCUCUAGUGGAAAUCCUAUCUUUGUGUUAAUUUCUCUGUGUUAGUGUUAUGUUUAGAACAGUAACUGACAUGUGAUUAGUGCUCUAAAAAUAAUAGUUAUCAAUAUAUUUUAUCUAUACUUUCACUGUGGAGCCAAUUUAAGAAGGGUAUUUCAUUUUGUUAGAUAUAUUGUUGUCGAUUACUACCACUUCCAAGUUGUUGCAUUUGAUUUGUCAGACUCUGAUCAAGUUAUUGGCAGCAAAUUUUACCUUAAAAAAAAAACACAACUGUUUUAAUAGUAGUAAUGUAAGUAUAUAUUAACUCCCGUAUAAAAUAAUAUAAGUAACAAAGGCAGAUUCCAGGAAGAAUCUUACCAAAUGAGUAUUAUAAAACUUUCAAGUUACAGUUCUUUCAGUUACUUGCGUGUCUGAUUACAUAUCAGUUGUGUGUGCAUAUCUAAGUAUUUUAAUACCUUCAUCUUUUUUUUUCCAGUAUUAAAGCGUGACAUAAAGCCUCACUGUGUUUCAAGAUUAUUUAAAAGGACUUGUAAUCACAACUCAGCACCUAGGACAGCACCCAGUGCAACACAAUACACUUGAACUCUCUGGCUUGAGGUUUGGGGGUUUGUGUUCUGAAUUCGGGAAUUAAAAGAAGAGAAAAUUUUAGGGAAAAUUUAAAAUCCUUGUAAGCCCAUACUCUAAAAGUAUAUUCAAUACAGAAUGAUUUCAUGGCUUGAUUUCAAAAUGUUUUACACUGGCUGUAGAACCCACUUCAUGAAGUAGUUUGAAUUAAAAUGAUCUAAUAUUUGUGUUUUAACUUUCAGCUUUGUGUUAUUCUUGGAAAAUUUCGCACCACUUGUGAAUUCCUUGAACCUGGGCAUUGCAAACCCACUUCUGUUGGGCCCAUCUCCUUUGCACUUUGCUCAGAUUAAGACUCAGUUGGCGCUUCAGCAGCUGAAUGCCGUUGCCUCACAUGGUUCAGCACCACCUUAUACUUUAUUAAAUCAGGCAUUCUUGAAAGUAGCCAUGUCCAGACCCAGGUUUAAUCCUCGAGGAAACUUUCCACUUCAAAGGCCACGAGCACCUAACCCUUCUGGGAUGAGGCCUCCAGGACCAUUUAUGAGACCUGGAUCUAUGGGUCUUCCAAGAUUUUACCCAGCAGGGAGAGCCCGUGGAAUUCCACACAGAUUUGCUGGCCAUGAAUCUUAUCAGAACAUGGGACCACAGAGAAUGAGUGUUCAGGUAACUCAACACCGAACUGAUCCAAGAUUGACCAAAGAAAAAUUGGAUUUUCAUGAAGCACAACAAAAGAAGGGAAAGCCUCAUGGUACCCGGUGGGAUGAUGAGCCUCACAUAUCUCCAUCAGUGGGAGUGAAGCAGACUUCUAUAACACAGGUUACAGAGCAAAGUCCUAAAGUACAGAGCCGUUAUACAAAAGAGAGUGCCUCAAGUAUCUUAGCAAGUUUUGGAUUAUCUAAUGAAGAUCUAGAAGAACUUAGUCGCUAUCCUGAUGAACAACUAACUCCUGAAAAUAUGCCAUUAAUUUUAAGGGAUAUAAGAAUGCGAAAAAUGGGGCGCCGAUUACCUAAUUUACCUUCUCACAGCAGAAAUAAAGAAAUGCUUGGUAGUGAGACAGUUUCAAGUAAUGUGAUUGAUUAUGGGCAUGCAAGUAAAUAUGGCUACACAGAAGAUCCACUUGAAGUACGUAUUUAUGAUCCUGAAAUUCCAACUGAUGAGGUCAAGAAUGAAUUUCGGUCACAGCAGAGAAUUUCUGCAUCUGUUCCUACUCCUAAUGUUCUAUGUAAUUCUAUGUUUCCUGUUGAAGAUGUAUUUCACCAGAUGGACUUCCCCAAUGAGUCCUCCAAUAAUCAGUCAUUUUUCCCAGUUGAGAGUGGAACCAAGAUGUCAGGCUUACAUAUUUCAGGACAGUCAGUCCUUGAACCUGUAAAAUCCAUCAGCCAACCCAUUAGCCAAACAGUUAGCCAGACAAUGAGUCAGUCUCUGAUUCCUCCAUCUAUGAAUCAGCAACCUUUUUCAUCUGAAAUAAUUUCAGCUGUAAACCAGCAAGAACGGAUCCCACAUAAACCUGUGAUUAAUUCAGCUACUGUACACGUUGGAUCAAGAGGAAGUAAAAAGAAUUACCAAUCUGAGACUGACAUUCCUAUUCGGUCUCCCUUUGGGAUUGUUAAAGCAUCAUGGCUACCAAAGUUUUCACAUGCUGACACUCAGAAGAUGAAGAGACUUCCAACUCCUUCAAUGAUGAAUGAUUAUUAUGCAGCAUCUCCAAGAAUAUUUCCACAUUUGUGUUCUCUGUGUAACGUAGAAUGUAGUCAUUUAAAGGAUUGGAUUCAGCAUCAAAAUACAUCUACCCAUAUUGAGAGCUGUCGACAGUUACGUCAACAAUACCCUGAUUGGAAUCCUGAGAUUCUCCCAUCAAGAAGAAAUGAGGGCAAUAGGAAAGAAAAUGAAACUCCAAGAAGACGUUCUCAUUCCCCGAGUCCUAGGCAUUCUAGAAGAUCAAGCUCAAGUCAUAGGUUUCGUCGAUCUCGAAGCCCAGUACGUUACACAUACAGACCAAGAAGUCGAAGUCCAAGAGUAUGCCACCGUUUCAUUUCUAGAUACAGAUCCAGAUCCAGAUCCAGGUCCAGAUCCAGAUCCAGAUCCAGAUCACGUUCACCAUGCCGAAUUAGAAAUCCAUUUAGAGGUAGUCCAAAAUGCUAUCGAUCAGUUAGUCCUGAAAGGAUAUCAAGGAGAUCAGUGAGAUCAUCAGAGAGAAAAAAGGCAUUAGAAGAUGUAGUACAACGGUCUGGACAUGGGACAGAACUUAUUAAACAGAAGCAUCUUGAAUCAGUUGACAAAGGUCCUUCACCAGCACAAAAGCCUAAAAGUGUCACUGGGACAAAGCCAUCAGUUAAAUCUGUAAGCUCUGCAAAGAAUGAUUCAAAUGUAGGACAUUCUGUUCGUAAAUCUAAGAAUCUAGAAGAUGACAUCUUAUCAGAAUGUAAACAGACUUCUAGUAAAGCUCUUUCUCUUCAGCGUAAGCUUCGAAAAGAGCAGUCUUUGCGUAACAAUCCAGUUCUUCUUAUAUCUGAACUACCAGAGGAUGGCUGUGCUGAAGAAGAUAUUAGAAAAGCAUUUCAGCCAUUCGGAAAAAUUAAUGACCUCCUAAUUGUUCCAUGUAAAAAAGAGGCUUAUGUGGAAAUGAAAUUUAAAGAAGCAGUUACUGCAGUCAUGAAGUACAUUGAAACAGUGCCUCUUCUGAUAAAAGGAAAAAAUGUGAAAGUAUCUGUUGUGGGGAAGAAAAAAGCACAGAACAAAGAAAUAAAGAAGAAGACAUCGGAUUCAAAGAAAUCUGCAUCUGCUUUGAAAAAAGAUACAGAUUCUUCAAAAACUGUUGAAAUAGCUUCUUCAGCUUCUUCUGCCAAAAUUGGACAAGCUAAGACAUCAGUAGCCAAAGUAAACAAAUCUUCAGGGAAAUCUGCUGGUUCUGUAAAAUCUGUUGUAACCGUAGCGACUAAAAGUAAAGCUUCCAUCAAAACAGCAAAGUCUACUGGAAAGAAGUCCCUAGAAGCUAAGAAGCCUAGCAAUACUAAAAACAAAGACUCCAGUAAGCCUGUGCCAGUACCAGCAAACGCUGAAAUAAAGGCCAAUGUGGAAAUCAAAGUCAUUGAUAAUGCUGAAGAGAUUGUUUCAGAAGCUGCUUUGGAGGCCACAGAAAAUGAACCAGUGAGUAAGGAAACAGAGGAAAUGUGUGUAGUACUUAUUUCUGAUUUGCCUAAUAAAGGAUGUUCUGUGGAAGAAAUUUAUAACUUAGCAAAACCAUUUGGUGGUAUAAAGGAUGUUUUGAUUUUAUCAUCUCAUAAAAAGGCAUAUAUAGAAAUCAGUCGAAAGUCUGCAGAUUCUAUGGUAAAAUUUUAUACUUGUUUCCCAAUGUCCAUGGAUGGAAAUCAACUCUCCAUAAGUAUGGCUCCUGAAAGCAUGAAUAUAAAAGAUGAGGAAGAUUUGUUUAUAAAUUUGAUUAAAGAAAGUGACCCUGGGGUAAAUGUUGAUAAAAUAUGGAACCGGUUUGUACAUCUUGAUAAUUUGCCAGUAGAUGGACUACAUUGUGUACUUUGUGUUGGGCUCCAGUUUGGAAAAGUGAAUCACCAUGUAUUCAUGAAUAAUAAAAACAAGGCGAUUCUACAAUUGGAAAGCCUUGAAUCUGCUCAGUCAAUGUAUAGCUUUCUGAAACAAAACCCACAAAGCAUAGGUGACCGUGUAUUGACCUGCACAUUAUCGCCAAAGAUGGACUCAUCUGAAGCUCAAACUGAGAAAGACCCAGAACUAGGAAAAGAAUGCCUUGCCAUGAAAAAUAGUCCAGUUGAUGAGAGUGAGGUGCAAACAGCAGCCAGUAGUCCCUCUGUUAAACUUACUGAGGUUGAAGAAGAAACUUCUUGCAGUAUCCAAAUGGAAACUUUGGGACAGCAGGAAGAAGUGGGUAAGGAAGAACCUGAAAAAGCACUGUGUGACUCUGACUUUGCUAUUCAAAAAUUGGAAAUUGAAACUCAAGGAGAGCUCAAUAUAGAAAUUCCUCUUGUAGCAUCCACUCCAGCCAUUAUUGAGUUAUUCACUGAAAACAUAGAAGAGUCUGCUUUAAAUCAGCAAGUAUAUACCAAUGACAUUGAGAAGCAAGAAGCAAAAAUUAUGAAUCCUGAAACAGAAUUGUCAGUAUCUGAAAAUGUGUCUGUGGAAGAGAGAAACAUCCAAAGAAUUCUUGAGGAAUCUGCAGCCCAAGGAGGUUUUUUCAGAAUUACACAGGCUGUGGUAGAAGAUAAAGCUGAAGUGAACAAACCUGAAACUGUUUCAGAAAUAGUACAAUCUUCAAUUUCAUUUCCAGGAAUUUGUACUGAGGAUGAAAAGGUAGUGAGUAAAAAGAGUUCUUCUGAAAAAAGUAAUGUGGAUGAAAAGGAAGAGAAUGAAUUUAAUGACAAGGAAGUCAGACUGAAUCUACAGAUGGGAUCAGAGAAAGCUGAAAAGAAUGAAGCUAGGAUGGUUGCAGAAAAAUUAGAAAAAAUUAUGGCAGCAAUGAAAGAAAAGUCUGAAGAAAAUGCUGUGAUCAAAGCACACACAAAUAAAGGAGUGGGUCAGACUAAUAAGACUGAUGAAAUGGGUAAAACUAAUAUGCUGACUGUAUCAAAUGUAUCCACCAGUAAAUCAACCAUCAAGACUGCUACUGUGAUCUCUUCUAGAACAAAAACUACAUCUUCAACAAAUGAAAAUCAGAAAAGUUUUAUAAAAUCUAUGUUCAGAGGUCAAAUAAGUGCUGAAAAGAAAUUUUCACCUAUGGAAUUUGGUGUAUUUAAAAGUGCCAGAUCAUGCUUGGUAGAAAGCAGCAGUAGAGUUAAACCUACUCAGAGUGAUAUUACCAUAGGAGGUGGUGGAAGGAUCUCAGCCCUGCAAAGCAAGGAUAUAACAAUGCAGUCUCAGGAAACAGAGGGUAGACCUUCUAUCAUGAAAGGAAAUGACAGCAAUAAUAAGGCCUUGGCUGGGCAAAACACUAAGAAUUCUAAAAGCACUACUGGUAGAAGUUCCAAAUCUAAAGAGGAAAUACUAUUUUCAUUUAAUUUGGAUGAAUUAAUUACUGUGGAUGAAGUUAUAGAAGAAGUGAAUCCCUUUCAAGCCAAACAAAAUCCAUUAAAGGGACAAAGGAAAGAAGCUCUCAAAAAUACUCCUUCCUCGGAACUUAACUUAAAAAAGAAGAAGGGAAAACCUUCUGUUUCUCCCAAUGUUGUGGGAGACUUAUCUUUUGUAACAUUAGAUGAGAUUGGGGAAGAGGAAGAUGCAGCCGCACAAGCACUAGUCACUGUAGAUGAAGUAACUGAUGAAGAACUAAACAUGGAAGAAAUGGUAAAACAUUCAAAUUCACUUCUUACAUUAGAUGAAUUGGUUGACCAAGAUGAUUGUGUUUCCCACAGUGAAUCUAAAGAUGUUACUGUUCUGUCAGUGGCUGAAGAGCGAGAUCUUCUUAAACAGGAACACUUGGUAACUGUAGAUGAAAUUGGAGAAGUAGAAGAGCUACCUUUAAAUGAAUCAGCAAACAUAACUUUUGGUACUUUAAAUACUAAAGGAGAUGAAGGAAAUGCUGUAAGGGAUUCCAUUGGGUUCAUUUCUUCUCAGAUGCCUGAAGAUCCUUGUGCUUUAGUUACUGUAGAUGAAAUCCAGGAUGAUGGCAGUGAUUUGCAUUUAGUGACUUUGGAUGAAGUAACUGAAGAGGAUGAAGAUUCAUUAGCUGAUUUUAACAACCUUAAAGAAGAGCUCAAUUUUGUUACUGUUGAUGAAAUCGGAGAAGAAGAAGAUGGAGACCAUGAUUCAAAAGUUGAGUUAGCACAAAGCAAGAAUGACUGUUCUACAGAUAAAAAAGGAGAGAGAAAGAAGAGAGUUGCCAACUCAAAGAAGACAAAACUUGAAGCCUUGUCACAAAUGGGUCCAGUAAAUGAGAAUGUGAUAAAAGAAGAUCUGAAAACUAUGAAUGAAAGACACUUAGCAGCUAAAACGACAAUGAAGAGAGUUAGAAUUGGAAAAGCACAACCCUCACAAAAAGCUGCUGUGGCAGAACCAGCAAAGGCUGAAGAGGUCUUGCAGAUUAGUGAAGAAUCUAAGUUAAAGGAUUCAGAACCAGAUCAGAAACGCAGAAAGAUUGAAGAUGACUCUUUAGGCAAAUCAGUGGCACCUGAUGUCCCUGAAGAUUUAGACUUUCUUGUACCUAAGGCUGGAUUCUUUUGUCCAAUUUGCUCCCUCUUCUACUCAGGUGAAAAAGCUAUGACAAAUCACUGCAAGAGUAUACGUCAUAAGCAAAACACAGAGAAGUUCAUGGCCAAGCAAAGAAAGGAAAAGGAGCAGAGUGAGGCUGAAGAAAGAAGCUCUAGGUGACUGAGGGAAAGAGAAAAGAAUUCAUUAGUAAUUCGUUUAGGGUCCAGUUAAUUUGUGUAUUUUUGUUAUCACUUAAUUUGUAAUCUUUGUUUCAGAAGCAAGUAGUCAUGUUGUACAAAUUUCUGAUUGACCUUGAUGUAGAAAGACUGAUGGGUAAAAGUAUGAUGGGUUUGAUUUUUAUAUCAAAUCAUCAGGUAUGGAGAAAUAUCUUUGUAGAAGUGUUAAAAUAAAUGUUUCUACUGUAUAUUUAAAA